CGUUGUCACUCUAGAUUUAUUCAACAAUGUCGGCAUCAGGGAGCGCGGCCAGUGCGUCUGGCGCUGCAGCGAGUGGCGGCACCAUUGCGGCGAACGCCCGCGCCGAGCUGGAGGAGCUGCUCGCGCGCAAGACCCAGAUUGACAAGUCGCUGCAGCUGCUCGAGCAGCAAAUCUACGCCUUCGAAGGCAGCUAUCUCGAGGACACGCAGCUCUACGGCAACAUUAUUCGCGGCUGGGACGGCUACUUGAGCAACAGAGCGACGAAUGCAAACGACAGGCAAAAGCGCCGGUUCAAGGACACGGAUCGCCUGUUCUCGCUCUCGUCCUGCACUUCGCCAAUGGCUGCUAUCAUGGCAGAGCAAUCCACACAAGAAGACGACGACCGAUUGGCAAAGCGACGACCAAAGAACUAGUCACAGCAGCAGUGUUAUUAUUUCCGGAUUGUAUUUUUUUGUUUUUUAUUGUUCGAACACGCGUUUCACCAGUCCGAUCGGUUCAAUGAGCCAAAAAGC